AUGACAUCUUCUGAAGGAAAUCGAAGCAGCAGGCCCACUUUUAAUCUGUUGGGUUUCUCAGAAUACACAGGUCUCCAGAUUCCACUCUUCCUAGUUUUCUUGUCCGUUUAUGCAGUCACUCUAGUGGGAAAUUUGGGGAUGAUAAUAAUCAUCAUGUUCAACCCCAAACUCCAUACAAUCAUGUACUUUUUCCUUAGCCACCUUUCCUUUUUAGAUUGCUGUUAUUCCACUGUAGUUGCACCUAAAUUGCUGGAGAACCUGGUUGUGAAAGAGAAAACCAUCUCUUUCUCUGGUUGUAUCAUGCAAUUUUCUUUUACUUGCAUUUUUUCAGGUAUAGAAACUUUCAUGCUAGCAGCCAUGGUCUAUGACCAUUUGGGGGCAGUUUGUAACCCUCUGCUAUAUACCACUAUAAUGUCUCAGAAGCUUUGUGUUCUUCUGGUGGCUGGAUCUUACUCUUGGGGCUUGGUAUGCUCCCUGACACUCACAUAUAUUCUUCUUGCCCUGUCAUAUGGGGAAUCUAACAUCAUAAAUAACUUCAUCUGUGACCACCCUGUAAUUGUUUCUGUCUCCUGCUCAGACCCCCAUAUCAGCCAGAUGCUAUGUUUCAUUAUUGCGGUAUUCAAUGAGGUGAGCAGCCUGAUCAUUAUCAUUGUGUCCUCUGUGUUCAUUUUCAUCACUGUUAUGAGGAUGCCUUCUGCAAGUGGGCAUCAGAGAACCUUCUCCACCUGUGUCUCCCACCGGAACGCCAUCACCAUCUUUCAUGGAACCAUCCUGUUCCUCUACUGCGCUCCUAGUCCCAAGACUACUUGGCUCUCAGUUAAAGUAGCCUCUGUGUUUUAUACAGUGGUGAUUCCCAUGCUGAACCCAUUGAUCUACAAUCUUAGGAACAGAGAUGUGAAGGACACUUUCAGAAAAUUAGUUGUCACCAAAUUUCUUUGGCACACAAUAUAA